GCACUAGGAUCUGAAUUCUGAAUUCUAAGGGCGACAUUCGUUACACUGAGACUACGCUGAGAAAAACUCGAAAAAUCAUUCAUACUAAUAGGACAAGCGGAAACUGCCUUAGGAAGCUGCCGCCUUACUUGAGACCUCUUCCACCCGACAAUCGCUCUAAGCAAUAAAGGAGUUUCAAACUCAUUCAUCCCUUCAAGUUUGUACUUUUCUUCCCAUUCUUAUUAACAGUAAUUUCUGCGCUGGCUUGCGGAAUUUAAAGCUCGCAUGGUGUUUGUGAAUAGUAAGAAAUUUGCUUGCGAAGCCUGCAUCAAAGGUCACCGCUCCUCUACCUGUUCACACACGGAUCGACCCCUCUUUGAAGUCAAAAAGAAAGGUCGACCUGUAUCCCAAUGUGAGAGAUGCCGUGAACUGAGGCAAUCGAAAAAGGUCCAUUCGAAGUGUAACUGUAAUCCGAAGGAGCAGAAACCACCCCCGAAGCCUCAGACCGGACAGAAACGUACGUCGUCAGUGAUUGCUUUAAUUCUUCUACUCAAUCAUCCUACCAUCGUAGCUCCAAGAUUCGUUCCCAUUGCUCCAGCUCUUCCUAACGGUCUUAAAGAUGUCGUCCGAGUUGCACCUUCCGCUUCAUCAAACUCACGACAAACUGUGGAUACUCUCCUCAACCCAUGCUCCUGCAAGAAUCCAGCUUGGGAGUGCAAUUGUCGACAGUCCGCCAACUCUUGCUCCUCAAAUGGCCUCAAUACCCUUGCGCAAGCCGCUCAGCUAUGUUGUGCCGUAGACUCGAACACUGUUUCCUCUAAACCCACUCGCCCGCCUUCGCCAACAUAUUUGCGAAAACGAAUCAAACAUACACAUAAUACACCCGGUCCAGAGCUCCCGCCAUUCUUAUUCGACACCUCUCCUCUUGCAGAUACCAAUUUCGAGUCUGGAUCUAUGCCUCCCAUCACGCAGAUUGCUUCCAUCGCUGGCUCAGGCUGUACUUGUGGGGUGGAGUGUAACUGUCCGGGAUGUGUAGAACAUCGAGGAGCAGAAUAUGCCGAUUCUGAACGCCAGAGCUGCGAUCCUGAUCCCUGUGGGACGUGUGUCGAUAACCAUCAGGGAAUCGGUCUUCCUAAUUCAUCGUUUGCUCUAGAUCCCAGAUACACCUCAUCCCGAAUGAUCAACCAGUUUUUUGCACGAGCAGCUUCUCUUCCUUCACCGCCAGUAAAUCGAAAGAUGGGUGUAGGAAUUAAACUCGACCCGGGAAAUGUUAUGGUAUACCCUACUGCUGCGAUGGAGACCAAAGAGCGCGGAGUACCAUUCGGCCUCAUCACGAUCCCGAAGUUGGAAUGCUGUGGAGGAAAAUGCGGUUGUCCUGAUGGCGAUUGUUCCUGUGGAAAGUCUUGCGAAGGAUGUUGUACGGAUCAUGAUCAUCAUAGAUCUAACUCUAACGAACCCAACACCUCGAGCGAAGCAGAAUUUUCGACGUUCAGGGUCAUUUCUGCUCCAGUGCAAAGCUGUUGCGGUGGCAAGUAGGCACCGUGAAUGUCAAUUUACAUAUGUCUUGAUUUUCUUUCGGUAAAUGUUAGGUUGUUUUACAUAGUCUCACAAAUAUACAUCCU